UAAAUAUAUCCAACAAUGAAGAGGGAAACCGAGGCUAGAAAUUCAAUAAACUGCAGCCGACCUUCAUCAGCUGCUCCCAUGCCGUCAGCCGAGCCCCGUCACAACAUGGGCUCUCUCGCCAUGGACUUCCCGCUGCAAAUUCUCCUGGCCGUCGAGAAGCAGGGCGCCGUCAGUUCGUAUGAAUUUGCCAGAGCGCUAAAUGAACCUCACCAGAAGAUCGUUGGGGCAAUUAAAUCUCUGGAAUCGCUUGGUGAAGUUGUAGCUGUGAAGCAGACUACUCAGAAGACUUGGGAAUGUACGGAGGAGGGAUCUUCUCUGGCAACUAAUGGUUCUCAUGAAGCAAGACUGUUUAAUUCUUUAACUUCAGAAGGAUGCCCUAUUGCAGAUAUCAAAGCAAAUUUUCCAAAUGCAAAUAUUGCAUUAGGGGCAGCAAUGAAAAAUAAGUGGGUGAAGAAAGAAGGAGAAAAGAUAGUACCUGUGGUUUCCAGUAUAAACGAUGAAGUUCAAAUCCAUCUUCAGGCUAUUAUGUCUGGAUCAGCUGAGAAUGUUCCAGAUAAAAUAAAAGUUGACUACAAGAAGAGAAAACUUAUUAAGGAAGUCGAUCUAACAGUAUUUGAGGUCACCAAGGGUAGCGAGUUCACCACUUCUGUCUCUAAGCAGGAAGCUGAACUCACUAAGGAGAUGAUAGAGAGUGGACAGUGGAAGAGCAAAUCAUUCAAGCCUUUCAACUUUAAAGCAAAGGGCCGUCUUGAACAGCGCUCUGGUCACCUGCACCCCCUGAUGCAACUACGAUCCGAAUUCCGACAAAUUUUCUUAGAAAUGGGGUUCACCGAGAUGCCUACAAACAAUUUUGUUGAGAGCGCCUUUUGGAAUUUUGAUGCCCUCUUCCAGCCCCAGCAACACCCAGCAAGGGAUGCUCAUGACACAUUUUAUGUGGCAGAACCUGAGAAGACUAUAAGUGUUCCUGAAGACUACCUGCAAAGGGUUAAGAAGACCCAUAGUACAGGUGGCUAUGGUUCACUUGGCUAUCAGUAUGAGUGGAGUAGAGAUGAGGCUCACAAGAAUCUGCUUCGUACUCAUACAACUGCUGUCAGUGCUCGCAUGCUCUAUAAGCUAGCUCAGGAAGGUUUCCGCCCCGUCAAGUUUUUCUCCAUUGAUCGAGUCUUCCGAAAUGAGACCUUAGAUGCAACACAUCUUGCUGAAUUCCACCAGAUUGAAGGAGUUGUUGCUGAUUAUAAUCUUAGUGUCAAACAUCUCAUGGGAGUUAUCAAGGGAUUCUUUGAGAAGAUUGGAAUCACAAAGUUGCGUUUCAAGCCUGCCUAUAACCCAUACACAGAGCCAUCUAUGGAAAUCUUCAGUUACCAUGAAGGCCUCAAGAAGUGGGUGGAAGUAGGUAACUCGGGCAUGUUCCGACCAGAGAUGCUUCGACCAAUGGGAGUUCCAGAGAAUGUUACUGUUGCUGCUUGGGGACUAUCUUUAGAAAGACCAGCAAUGAUUAUGUAUGGAAUCAACAAUAUCCGGGAGUUAGUUGGUUCCCGAGUGAAAAUGGAGCUCAUCCUUGAUAAUCCAGUCUGCACAAUUGACAAGUUUAAAGGCCAAAGCCAGAAAGCAGCAGAUGGAGCUCCAACAGUAGAGUCCUUGACCAAGAGACAAGAGCUAAUUUUAGACAGGUUGUCAGCCUUGCAGUCCAAAGUUGCCAGUAUUGCUGCCAAAAUGGGUGUCACUCUGGUAGAAUCUGCUGCAUCCAUCAACACUCAGCUCACUGGUGGAGUGAAGGCAGGAGUUGUUCAUGAUGUUGUUAUUUAUGCUGAUCCCCGACGACCACCUUAUAGCCUUAGGAUCCUAGCAAAUGCCUUAUCUUCCAACUUCUCUGUCUGCCUACGGGUACAUUGCCACUCCUCAGUUAAGGAAGUAUCAGAAAAGUUGCAGCAGUUCUGGGGUUCAAGUGGUGCAACUGAACGAUCUCAAAGUCAGAUAUGUUUGACACUUGUAUGGAGACAAGAUGGAGACACACCCACAGCCCUAAUGCCAUCCCUUUCAGUGUCCCCAUUGGCACCCAACCAGAUACGUGGAGAGCAUAAUGUUGGGCGAUACUUAGCAAGACUUGCGGAAGUAGGUGCUCCAACUUGCAGACUUUAUGAGUGCCUUUCUAAUCCAAUCUUUACUGUCCAAGUUGAUGAGUUGUUGGACCAGUGUCAUGGAAAGCUAACUUUAGGAAACAAUAAAGAAAAGGCUGGUUUCAUACGCGAGCUUAAUUCAAGAUUGGGUGAUAGAGAAUUCCUUGUUAAUUCAGACCUAACUUUAGCUGAUGCUGUGAUACUAUCUACUCUGCUGCAGCUGCGUAUGUUGGAGUCUGCUCCUUCUAAUGUUCAAAAAUGGAGCAAGGGUUGUCUUGUAUUACCUUAUUGUAAAAAUUUAAUCUAAAAUUUUAUUACCAUUCUAUAAUGAUUUAUAUCAAUUAAAAUUAUAGCGUAAAAAUUUUAUUAUUAGUUUCACAGAAAUGCAUGAGAAAUAAAUGCAAUGAUUGGCAGUCUAUCUACAUGAGCAUCAUAAAUUUCUUUAUUCUUAGUUUGACUUAAGGGGACUGUCGCUGUCAAAUCUGGUUGCCUGUAACCCAAAGCCACCGGAUAUGGCAUGUACGUACAUGCCAGGCUCACUGUUUAAUGUAUUGAUUGUUAUUACACGCAGACGGCUCCACAAGUACUAAGUCACCAAUGAGCCAAUUAUGAGUACUACCUGUCUCAUCUGUUUACCCUUUUCCUUGAUUUUUAAAAAUAUUUACUGGUAUUUAAUAUUACUAUUAGUAAUGCCAGAAACACUAUAAUAAUUAUAUUGUCUUUAAUAAAAAUAACAGCAACAAUAUUGAUAGUAUUAGUAGAAAAAACGUCAUACCCGCAAACUUAAGGAAAGGUGAAAUUAGGUGAGGCCACUAGGUCUGCUACUUGACUCCUUUGUGGCUAAGCACCAGCAGAGGCAUUGUGUGCUGAGAUAUUUCACAAAACAGUACUACAGUGAACAUUUUCCCGGAGGCUUUGGUUUAAUGGGACCUAGAUUAUUUUACCUUUUUUCUGGUUGGUAUCAUUAUAGAGAUGUACCUCAAUUUUAGUUUCAUUUGGUGAAUAAAUAACUGAAAUAAAAAAUAAUUUUUUGGCACACCAUAUUGUUGAACUAACUGCUCUCCUAAUGAACAACGUAAGUCGGAGAAAAAAAUUCAGUGAUAUCAAUUAUUAUCUAGAAGUUAUACGUAUGAUUUUUUUUUUUUUUUAUUCCUUAUUUUAGUUUCAAUGUUUGAGUCAGAAUUUAAAAAAAAGAAAAAAAAGUUUCAAUAUUAUUCAAAAUAUAUACCAAAAAAAUCCUUGAUACCAAAAAUAAUAUACUUUCUACUCUAUAAAAUGCAACACAAAUGAAGAAAAUUAGUUACAGUCCCCUUAAAGUUACGUAAUACACCUGUGAAAUGAGAUACUCCUUAAAAAAUAUAAUAAUCUUAGUUAUUUAUUUAUUUAUUUUUUUGUAAACUUGAAGGAUGCUAGUGAAUUUUAAGAAAUGGAUUACCAUCAAUGAAUGGAACUGCUGGAAGGUGAAGGCAAGACUGACACUGAGAAUGGAAAUUUUAUGUUGCCUACUGUGUAUUGUAUUUAUUAUGCAUGCGUCUAAGUGUGCUUGCACCUUUGUGUAAUUAUGUAUGUACUUUAAUUUUAUAUUUAUUUUUUGUAUAUGCUUAUGUGUACUGGGUAAUUGAAGGAACUGGGAUUAAGAUUUGUCAUUGAAAAGUUAAGGUAAUUGCAUUCACCAGUUAAUUUUUUACAAUCAUCUUUGACUGGAGUAACACCAGAAUUAAAGUCUCUUACUAUAGACAGUGAUA